AUGGUAGCAAUGUUGUGGGUGGACAAGUACCGCCCCAAGUCCCUGGAGGACGUUGAACUUUACCCAGAACUCACCGAUGUGUUGAAGCGCCUUGCCGACUCACAGGACCUCCCCCAUCUGUUGCUGUACGGCCCAUCUGGCACGGGAAAGAAGACACGUGCCAUGGCAGUAUUGCAUCACGUGUAUGGUCCUUCUGUGUAUUCACUUCGGCUAGAGCACAAGUCUGUGCAAGUGACAGACAGCAAGGUCGUUGACAUCGCGACUCUAAGCUCUCCCAACCACAUCGACAUUAAUCCCUCCGAUGCUGGCAAUUAUGACCGCGUUAUUGUGAUGCAAAUGAUUCGGGAAAUCGCACAGACCGUCUCAUUGCAGUCAAACGCCUCCAGUGGUGUUAAGUACAAGGUGGUACUUCUCAACGAGGUGGAUAAGAUGGGACGCGCCGCGCAGCAUGCCCUUCGCCGUACUAUGGAGAAGUACAUGUCGACAUGUCGUUUGGUACUUAUAUGCAAUUCCACUUCGCGUCUUAUCGCACCGCUCCGCUCGCGCUGCCUAGCUGUCCGCGUGCCGUCGCACUCCAGGGAGAACUUGACACGAGUGAUUGAAGCAGUAUGCGAGCGGGAAAGCCGGACAGCGCCGUCGCCAGCGUUUAUGGCCACCGUGGCGAGGCGUGCAGAGGGCAACCUGCGCCGUGCACUGCUGAUGGUGGAGGCCGCCGCCAUGAUGCGGGUAGACAUGGCGGGGAACGGCAACGACAUCCCACAGCCCGACUGGCGCGUCUUCCUUGACGAGAUUGCAAACGACAUCGUCUCUGAACAAACACCAAAAAAGUUGCAUGAAGUCCGUGGGAAGUUCUACGACCUGCUCGGUCAGUGUGUCUCUGGUGAAGUGAUCUUGCGGGGACUUGUUGAGAAUCUGCUCGCUGCCGUUGACCCGGCGCUCCGAAGGCCUGUCGUCGCCCUUGCGGCGCAGUACGAUCACAACAUGAAGCUUGGCACAAAGUCUAUUCUCCACUUGGAGGCGUUUGCUGCUGGGGUAAUGCAGCUUCAGAAGGGUGCGUAG